UUCCAAGCGGACCUAACAGAGGCAAAGUAAAUUACCUCUGUGUGGAACUACGCUGCAGUAUUGUUGUUUUCGCCAAGCUGGGACAUUGAAAGUGUUAAAAUAUUUGCAAAGGUUUUGAUAAAAAACUACGCAGGAACUUCCAGAAGGAAGAACAAUCUGAGAGAGGCUCAAGCCGAACCCGAAUCCAUUAAAAAUGGCUGAAGAGUAUAUACCAGAUGUCAGCAUGAUGGACACAAUUGUGCCCGCCAUAUUGGGACUGACGGCAGCUGCAGUCCUGUCGUCGGUGGCCUGCAUCUGUGCCAAACAGAUGCGCAUUCGGAACAAGAAGCAGAACCAUCAUGAUGCCUCGUUCCCAUUUCAACCGACCCGACGGCCGACUGCAGUUCGUUCGCCCAGCGGCCAGCCACCACAUUAUCUGAAGAAGUCUCCAUCGCCAACGAACGGCAAGCAGAUGGGUUUGCUCUCUCCCAUGCAGGACCAGUCGACUUCACCUAUCGCACCACCGAAUAUGAAAUACACCGAGGAGGAUGAAGUACCCAUGCAGCAGGACCAACAGCAGCAACAGCAGCAGAUGGGAAACAAGCUAACGGUUGUGGAUGGGAACGGGAUGAAGCAGUCGCUCCACAAUCAUCACCACUCGCCGGUGGAGACCAUUGCCAAUGGGAAUGUGACAAUCACUUUGGACGACCAGGCACUGACCAACGGAAAAGAGCUGGUGGUGACCGAUCAGUAUGGAAAACUGGGAACCAUAUACUUCAAGUUACGCUAUCUGGCCGAAAGGAAUGCCCUGAUGGUCUCGAUCAUUCGCUGCCGUGGAUUGCCCUGCAAGGGCGGAUCGGGGGGCACUGGCGACAUACCCACUGGCAUGAACGGACGCACACAGGCGGCCACCGAUCCCUAUGUGAAGCUGCAACUGUUGCCCGACAAGCAGCACAAGGUGAAGACCCGCGUGGUGCGCAAUACGCGGAAUCCAGUGUACGACGAGGACUUUACCUUCUACGGCCUGAACAUCAAUGAUCUGCAGAACAUGUCGCUGCACUUUGUCAUACUUAGCUUCGAUCGGUAUUCGCGGGACGAUGUGAUUGGCGAGGUGGUCUGCCCCUUGACCUCCAUUGAGAUCGGUGACAUUUCCAAGGAGGCCCUCUCUAUCAGCAAGGAGAUCCAGCCGCGCAGCUUGAAGAUACGUGCCCAGGGACGAGGCGAGCUCUUGAUCUCUCUCUGCUGGCAGCCGGCUGCUGGACGUCUGACUGUGGUGUUGCUCAAGGCCCGGAAUUUGCCACGCAUGGAUGUCACAGGUCUGGCAGAUCCCUAUGUGAAGAUCUAUCUAUUGUAUAAUGGUCAGCGCAUUGCCAAGAAGAAGACGCACGUGAAGAAGCGCACUCUAAGUCCAGUAUUCAAUGAGAGUUUCGCAUUUGAUAUUCCCGCUGCAGAGGGCACUGGCGCCAGUCUGGAGGGCGUCUCAUUGGAGCUGAUGCUACUUGACUGGGAUCGCGUGACCAAGAAUGAGGUCAUUGGUCGCCUGGAGUUGGGUGGACCCACAUCCAGCAGCACAGCCCUGAACCACUGGAACGAGGUGUGCAAUUCCCCACGCCGUCAGAUUGCCGAGUGGCACAAACUGAAUGAGUAAAUGAGAUGCGUGCAACCAACCACCCAGCCUGAAACGAGUGCAGCCCCGGCGCUGGCGCCACUUUCGGAGUAGAGAAGUGAGGAGAAGCAGGGAAAACGGAGGCGAGAGUCAUACGAUUCAUGAGUAUGAGCUCGUUGGCUAUUCAUUUAUGAUUCGUUUUCUAUAUAGCGUAUAAUUUUAUAUAUUCUCUUUUUUUUUGUUACGAAUUUUGUUCCCUUCAAGUCGCUUAAGUUUGUAUGCAAGGCAUACACCCAAGAAGAGAUGGAGCGGAAUUAUAAUAUUACCAAAGCCCAAAGCCCAAAGCUCCUAAGUAAAUUAAAUGUAUUAGAAAAUGUUUAGGACAUAAAAAUGCAUGUAACUGUAAGAUAUUUCCAGGACAUCGUAAUAAAUAUAUAUAUAUGAAGGAAACAGGUUAACCUACGUAUAAUGGACACCGGUUAUGUUGCUGUAUAGAACACGAACUCACCGCUUUGUAAACCUCGAUUCCUUGCUAUUGUUUUCCAUAUCAAUCAAAUGAAGAAUACCCAUUAAAUGUGCCCACCAUGAAGACAUUUGCAUUGAGCAACUAAAUUUGAUUUUCAUGCUAAGAAAUAUUAAACCCAGGCAUAUACAUAUGUAUAAUAUAUUUAUGAUAUAAUACCCCUAACUCUUAAGCAUAAAUCUUUGUGUUUUGUUCUCACUGUUCUUUUUUUUGCCGGCUUUCUGUUCAAUUGUAAAGAAAAAAUGAUCCGAAGCACACAGCAAAAAUCAGCAAUGCACUGACAGAAAGCUCUCGAAGUGUGUCCAGAUGGUAGAUCCAAGAAAAAAUGCUUACUGCUUAACAAUUUAUACGUACAUAUUCGUAACAAAUGAAAAGAUUAAUGAUUAAAAUAGAUGAUGAAACCUAAUUGAAUCUAGAGACGAACACGCAGCUGAAUGCUUGGCACCAAAAAGAUACAAAAAUCCACACACCCACAACAAACAAA